AUGAUGAUAAUUGUUCUAACAACUCAAGUUGAGGAGCUUCUCCAGGCCCGAGUUGUUAGAGCAAGUUUCCUAGAUGUGCAAGAGACCGAUCCGAACCAAUACGAAGUUAGAAGCGGGGCAUACAUGAAUGUGGUCAAUCUAUCACAAAAGAAGUGUUCUUGCUGUAUGUUCGAUGUUGAUAAACUCCCGUGUAUACAUGCAAUUGCUGCCGCACAGACUGCUAAUGUCUCAAGGAUUUCUAAGUGCCAUCCAUACUUUCGAACAGAGUAUCUACGCCUUGGUUAUGCGAAGUCAGUUAUGUCGAAGGAUGAAACAUGCCCAUUACCAAACAAUGUCGUUGAGAAAAGAGUUAAAACACCACCGGUGAGGACUCAAUCUAGAAGACCGAAGCUGACUAGAGCUGAAGGGCCAUUCGAGAUUGCCAUGCAGAGUAAAAGGCCCAGGAAAGCCCAUUGUUGUGGAAACUGUGGCCAUACCGGCCACAAUCGUCAAACAUGCAAUGAUUGA